AUGUCGGCUGAUAUUUAUUAUAUGUAUUAUUGCUGUUUAGCCAGGAGGAUGGGGCGAGUAUAUCCUAAUCUGGCUGCUCUUUUUCUUAUAUUAUUGUGCUCAGAUGUUAUUUUGGCACAAAACUUGGCUCCACAAUUUCUGACAGAUGGAGAUCUUAAAGGUUUUAGGAUUAGAGAAAACACACCUGUUGGUGAUAUAGUUUACACACUGCGGGCCAGGGAUCCUGAGGGACUACCAGUUCUCUAUGGUAUACAGGCUGAUUUCCUAAAGGUUAAUGCUCAGACAGGCAGUGUCAGCGUUAUACGGAAAAUAGAUUAUGAGUCUGCACCUUCCUUCAAUGUGAUUAUCAUUGCCUCAGAUGGCACAAGUGAAACGCGUCAAGACGUCAACAUCCAGGUGAUAGACACCAACGAUGAACUGCCUCUCUUUACAAGAGACAUUUACAAAGACUCUAUUUCGGAGAAUGCAGCUGUUGGUACUACUAUUAUUCAAGACUUGUCCGUGAGAGACCGAGACACCAUCAAUCGGCUUAUAGAAGUCCGCUGUGCCCCAGAAAAGAUAGUUGACAUUGAGGCUCUUGAUACCUGCGAGAAGUUUGGCCUGAAGACUCUUCAAGCUAGUAACUUAAACUGGCAGGGUGUUCUUGUACUGAAAGGAACUGUUGAUUUUGAAUCCCAGAGGUCCUAUCAAGUGCCCAUUGAGUCAUACGACGGAAACCCUGAGAAUAAUGUGACAAUCAGCGUGGAAAUCACCGUAGAGCCUGUACAGGAUACACCACCCAAGUGGGUGUAUGCCCCAAGCCAGUCCAUCAGGGAAAAUGUGGCCAUCGGAUUCCCGGUGACAAAGGUUUCAGCUGUAGAUGGAGAUGAGGGUAACCCUCGUGAGAUAAGAUACGAGAUCUAUGACAGUCGCUUUAACUACUUCACAAUGGACAGUGUGACUGGUCAGAUCAGUACCCGCCCGAGCACUUGUGUUCUGUGUGAAGCAAGGGAGGUACUCAACGGCUCCGUAACUCCUCCACUUCUGGGGGAUAACCCUCAAACAACAGCGGUAACAACAGUACGGAUCACCGUUGAAGACAUCAAUGAUAACCCUCCCACGUUUGACCAAUCAUCAUACACGGUGUCUAUCCCAGAAGAUAUUCCCACAGGAACCGCUCUACCUGGCCUCUUUAUGACUGUUACAGAUUCAGAUUCGCUGUAUCUAUUAGAAGCGGGUGCUGGAACCUCGUACACAUUUCUUCUCCGUAACAACACUCGUGAGUUUGAGGUGUUCCCCGGGAUUGGGCAAGGUACUACCACGGCCAGCAUGAAGGUCAGGGACACCAGCCUGAUAGACUAUGAGAAGGGCCCACGUGAGUACAGAAUGAAGAUUAUUGCUCAGGAAAGAGGAACCCAAGAACUGUUUUCCAGUGAAACCACAGUAACAGUCAGGAUCACGGAUGUCAAUGAUAAUGCUCCCGUCUUCACCAAUUCCAGUUACACGGCCUUUGUCAGAGAGGAUGCUGGGGAGAAUACAUUUGUCAUCAAAGUGUCCGCAACAGACUUGGAUACAACACCAGAGCUAGGGACACCAAGUAUUCGAUACAGUCUGUCUGGUACAGAAUCUGACAAAUUCAGAAUUGAUUCCAUCACUGGUGACGUGACAGUGGGUAACUGUGGCAACAGUUACUGUCUUGACUAUGAACAAGUCAAGUUCUAUGAACUGAUUGUGAUCGCCAAAGACGAGGGUGGUAAAGGUCAAGACGUGCCUGCGAAGCUCAGAAUAAACAUCCUGGAUGUCAAUGACAACCAGCCAGUGUUUCUGAUUGGUCAAUACGGCAGCACCAUCUUGGAGUAUGAGACCUUGCCCGAUCCACCUGUCAAUGUUCAGGCAACAGAUGCAGAUGAAAACUCUGUUAUCCGCUACAUUAUCAUCAACCAGGACGGCACAGACGAAAAUCUCUUCCAGAUCAACGCUACGUCUGGAUCAAUAACUGCCCGCAGACCAGUGCGAUUCAGUGACACUAAACCUAACACCGAUGAAAUCAAGAUAAAGGUGCGGGCCUUUGAUGGAUUGAAGGAGGCAUUUGCUGAUGUCACAUUGACAGUUAUUGACCUUAAUGAUGGACCUCCAUCCUUUCUUGUUCAAAGUUACAAUGCUUCUAUCCCAGAAACCACAAGAGGAGUUGUACCCGUGACCUCCGUUUCGGCUGUGGACGUAGAUUCAACAACAACAGGGGCAGGGGUUAUCACUUACUUUAUCGACGGUGGCGAUCAGGACAAGUUCCAAAUCAGUGGCACUACUGGGGCCAUCACUACCACACCAAAUGCAACUUUCGACUAUGACGUACAAAAUGAAUAUCGUAUGCUGGUGAAGGCCCGUGACAACGGGAACCCGUCCGAGACUGGCACCACAACUGUUGUUGUUUACAUCCUGGACCGCAACAAUAGAAAUCCUUAUUUCCAGCCUGCCAAUCUCCGAGCUGCUGUCUUUGAGAAUGUUGAGAUUAAUUUCAUUGUCACAACGAUAACUGGGCGAGACCCUGAUCGCUACCCUGAGCUGCAUUACUACUUUGGUGAACCAAAGAGAGCUUACAGUCCCACAGGGGGAGAAGUUGAUCGCAGUGUGUAUAACUUUACGGACUUGUUUAUUGUGGAAGAGAGAACUGGCAUUGUCCGAACCAAUCGGAACUUGUCACGUGAUGAGACCUCACUAGUGACCUACCCAAUCAUAGUGGUGGACAGAAACGCGACAACAUGGCAGACUGGCACAGGCACACUUAUCAUUGACAUUAUCGAUGUGAACGACAAGGCACCUGUUUUCAAACCACUAUGGACCGUGGCAGAUCCUGUGUAUUAUCAAGAGUUGGAAGAGGAGAAGGCCCAGGGGACGUUUGUACGUGUCCUUGUGGCCACAGAUCCUGAUGGAGCCAUCGAUAGGUAUGAGAUGGUGAGAAACCCUGGCCAGUUCUUUGACAUCAACCCUCAGACGGGUGAGGUAACUGUGAACAGACGAAUGGAUUUUGACUUCGAUAAGGGUAACCCUCAGCCAAAGAUCUACAACUUUACUGUUCGUGCUUACGACAAUGGCUUAUCUCCCCUUUACUCUGAUGCCACUGUAAUUGUGAACUUGACCAACAUCAAUGACAAUACUCCCAGAUUUUCUAAGGGAAGCUAUUCUGUAAAUAUUAAGGAGAGUGGCUCACCGGACGGGUCCAAACCUGGAGACUUUGUUCUCUCUGUGUUGGCCACCGACUUGGAUGCUGGGCUGUUUGGAGAUGUCCACUAUGGUCUGAGGGACACAGAAACUCGAUUUCAAGUAGAUAGAGACACAGGUAACAUCACAUUGCGGGCUAAUGACCUUGACCGGGAGAUGAACUCUGACAUCACCUUCCAAGUGCUGGCCUAUGAUGGUGACCCAGAUGACCAGAGGACUGCCUCUGUACAGGUGUACGUUACCCUAGAGGAUAUUAAUGACAACCCUCCGGAGUUUACACAGGAUGUCUACGAGAAAACCAUCCCUGAAAUCUAUGGUACAGGACAGACAAUUUUACAGCUGUCGGCAAGGGACAAAGAUAUCAAGGACCAAAACAACCUGGUUUUCGAGUAUGCCAAUACAAGUAUAAAUGCCAUGUUCUACAUUGACCCUGCCCUGGGCUUUGUUGAGCCAGCUCGAUCCUUACAAGGUCGGGCAAACACGUAUGAAAUGCCAAUCGUUGUGAAGGAUAAUGGAGGAAGAAACCCAUACAAAAUGGACACAGCUGUGUUAAGGAUUGUUGUCCAGGCAGUGACGAACCAUCCUCCCAUAUGGGUUAUCCCCCCUAGGGACAACAUGACCAUUUUUGUGUUGGAGGAGCAAUAUUUAGGGAUGAUAGUGUACGAUGUAGAAGCUAAAGAUGAUGACACGGGAGUCAAUUCUAUUGUGGAUUACUCAUUUGAAACUGCCUUGGGGGAUAAUGUGACACGCACACCUGAGUUCAGAAUAAACCCAAUUACAGGUGUGAUCCGAGCUGAGCGGGUGUUUGACAGAGAGGAACGUGACAGAUACACACUUGUUUUAGUUGCUCGUGACAGAGGUGGACUGAAAAACACGAUUUUCCUGAGAAUUGUCAUCAUGGACGUCAACGAUCACCUGCCCAGGUUUUACCCAAAGGUGUUCUCUAGAUCCAUACCUGAGGAUAAGAAGUUAGGAACGCCUGUGAUCACUCUCACAGCCACUGAUGAAGAUAACCUGCCCAAUGCCAAGACUGUCUACUAUUCCAUCAUAGCUGGAAAUGAAGAUGGCAUGUUCAGCAUUGGUCAGAAGAAUGGAACUAUUAUGCUGAUAAAGGGUUUAAAUGCCGAGGUCAAGUCCUCUUACACUCUAGAAAUCUUGGGAUAUAACAAUGUGAGUGAUUACAGUGUAAUCAGCAAGCGAUCUCUGCCACAGAACAUGGCUACAGUCCACAUCCAGGUCACCGACAUCAACGACAAUGCACCUCGCUUCACACAAUCAACGUUCUUUGCUUGUGUGUCAUCAAGCGCUGCACUGGACACAAACAUCUUGCAACUGACCGCAGAAGAUGCCGACAGUCAGAAUGUGCUCACUUACACGAUGUCUGGCACUAACCAGUUCAUUGUACAGUCAAGCAGUGGCAUGAUCACAAACAAAGCUCUGUUGGGGAAGGAAGCAGGGAAGACGUACAGUUUUGAGGUGACAGUUACUGAUGGUGCCACUACAGACACGGCCAAAGUGGAGCUGUUCGUGACAAAUGCUGACAAUGAAGCCAUGAUCGUGUUGGCUCAGCCCCCAGAGGAAGUUCGCGGAAUCAAGACAGAGCUGGAGAAUCAGCUGGCGGUACUUCUAUCCAAGAAGGAAAAUGAUCGAGAUACCAAAGUAUGCAUCUCCCGUAUUGAGAGCCACAUCGGAAGUGAUGCCUCAGUCAACACAGCCUGGUCUGACGUUUACUUCCACGGAUUGUACCGCACCUCUAAUGGCAUAUUUGUGGCCAUUGCCUCCUCUGAGUUAGCCACACUCACCCAGGCGGUGGUUAGUGAUCCCACCAAUGCUGCAGACCUCAGUAUUUUCUAUGUGCGACAGGUCGGGGUGAAUCCUGCUGCAGGUGAGGCAGUGUUUGUGAGCACGCCCACACUGGUGGUCAUGAUAAUCCUCAUUAUUCUCUUGGUUCUCGCUAUUCUCCUCUGCAUCUGCUGCUGUUGUUGCAUCCGCAAAAAACAUAGAGAUGACAAGGACAAACUUUUUGGAGGAGGUGCCAGCCACAUGUAAGUAUAUGUCUGCACACUGUUCCUGAGUUCUGCUGCACAUUUUCUAUCAAGAUUGGUAAUUUU